CGGCGUGGUUGAACCCGGUGUUACUUGUCUAGAGCCAUGGCCGAGGACAAGGACGAAGGACCGGACCACAACACGGUGCGAGGGAGACUUGCCGCAACGCUUCGAGAGGCGCAGAGCUUCGUCGAUCAAAGCAAGGCAACCGCCAAUCUGACCGGAUGGGGCCUCACGGUGGUCCUCUUUACGCAGAUCGCGGUCGGCGCCGUGAUCACGCUGUUGUCCGCAAUCGAUAACAGUCGACGUGGUCAGAUCUCCACCGCCGUCCUGGGCGCAAUAAGCACCAUCAUAUCGGGGUACCUUGCGAAAGUGCGCCACCAGGACGAGCCACAGAAGUCCGAGCGCCGCCAUGCGGACCUCUGCCGACUUAUACGCACGAUGGACAACUACAUCGAUGAUUAUGGCGAUGAUCCGGCGGCGGCGCACAUGGCAGACGUGAAUCGCUUCCGUGCGCGUCUGGAGGACAUACUCUCGCGGGAUUACGACGCGGACAAAGACGGUCAGGGCGGAAGUGGUAGUGGCGUCCCGGGUGCGGGUCCCUCCAUCGGAGCGAACGUCAAGGGAUCGAUGGACAAGGCAAGAUACAGUGAGGCGCCCCCGCCGCCGUUCAGAGAGCAGGCCCCGCCCUCAGCGUCGCCGAAGACCCCGCAGACUCCGCAGACUCCGAUGCAAUCGCAGGCGGUUCCGUCGCCUCCGCCAGCGACGAUACGCAAAGUGGGCAAGUUCGUCAAGGCUGACAGGAGGGAUAGAGAUAGCAUGCGUCGGAAUGAUUCGCUAGUAUGAUAGUUCGAGAUUCGUCACGAUACGUUCGUUCUUGCUGGAGGGUCGUUAGACCAUUUAAAGGCUUGCAUGAG